AUGCAGGCUUCAAUCCUUCUCCUUGCUCUCUGGGCGCCGGUUAUCACCGGUUUAUCAUGGAGGAACGAUAAAAGGCCUGGCCUCGUCAAGGCGGACUCGGGAAAAUCCUCUGAGAUUGUCCAAAACUCACGACUCCCCGAUAUCUACGCCGUUGCGCUCAGUGAGCUUCAAGAGCUUGAGUCUGAGCCGCUCUGUCAUCGCGUUGCCGCUAGGUUGCUGGUCAACAACUGCCAAUUGGUGGACGGCAAGGAUGAGGCCACCAUCUUGACGGAUAGCGGGCGCAAAGUCCGCGAUUUUGUCGACUCGUACGCUGCCAGCCUCGCGAUUUGUGAUCUCGAGCGCGGGGGCUUCACUAUCCCCAAGGAAUGCGCCAAGCUUCGAGAACCCUCGCUCGCCCAGAUUGCCAUGCGAGACGACCCUCAACUCCACGUAAGCCCUGCUGAGAUUGGGCUGUGUCUUUCGGCCCUGGCUGCAUCGGAUGCUGCUUGGAGCACUUGGGUCAGCUAUCGUCAUAAGGCGCUGCGAUUUUGCGAGGCGGCACGAGUGGAUAAUGAGAAGGCUCAAAACAUCCUCCUGUAUCAACGGUUGACGAAAGUGAUUGCUAAGCUUACCGACGGGGUCGAGGCCGACCUGGAGAAGCGCAUGCAAGACCUCGAUGACCGUGCGAGACAGUCCGUCCAACAGCUGGAACAGCUCACGCCGCGCAUUGAGCAGCUAAACGCAGGGCUGGCCCGAGUUCACAACUAUCUCUCGGAGGAUCUGGAACUUGCUCUGAAGAAGACGGCCGAGUUUUCUCACGGAGGACUCGAGCAUGCGGAAAAUUUGCAACAGCUUCUGGCUGCUCUGAUCUCCAACGUCCACGAUAGCAACACUCAGCUGGCGUCUGCUCACCAACGGUCGGUGCGGCAGGCAUCACAGAGAAUGGACAACGAAAUGGGCGCCUUGAUGGCGGUUGUCUCUUCCGCCAUAGUCUCGUCCACCUCUCUUCAGCAACAAAUUCAAUUAUCAGACAUGCAGGCCACCACAUUCGCCCAACGCCAAGAUAUGCUUGAAGAAGGAAUGGACCGGCUCGUCACAGCGACCGAGAAGCUCUCGACCAAGUUCGAUGAGCACUCUACUCUGCUCAAGCAAGCCAGUAAUAUUACGAACGACAUUCUCGACACACUAGAGGAGACAGCCGCGACGGCGUCCUCCCUGAGCGAGUCCUUUUUCUCUCGCGUUACCACCCACAGCUGGUGGCCGUUCGUCGUAUUCCCCACCGCUUCUCUGGUGAUGGGGUCGUAUGGUUUGCCGCCGUCGAUGCUACGAAACAUUGGUCUCCUUGCGUUUGGCGAGGCCGUGGGAUUCACCGUUUCGUGGUAUGAGCACAUAUCGACGCAACUUUUCGGAAUGGUGGGAGAGGUUGCGACGAAUGCAACCGUAUCUGCGCUCUGA